UUGAAUAAAAGUCCAUGUUGUUGAAGAGAAGUAUCCAUAUUUCACUGCAGAAUGUUACUACUGGUUCUGUGCACCUUGUUGCUCUGGGGAGCGGUGUUCUCUGACACAACCGUCACAAUCUACAACGAGUGGCUCGCCCAGGAUGGACGUGUGCAUUAUGAACCCCAAAGAUGGAACAAGCAUAAUGGGCUCACCGCAAGGACCCUAAUUCCAAAUUGUAAAUCUAUCGGAACAGCUCCCGGACGUUGGGUGAACAGAGACCUGAGAGCAGAUCUCUUUGCAAAUUGGCCUCAAAACCCUCAUCACCUUGGUUACCCAGACCCUGCCUAUCUCCAGGACCAUGCACUCCAGAGAAGGACAUUCGAUUCGUAUAUGUUUCAACUGAAUGGCUAUGGGAAUGUCAUCGACGACAUGGUCUGGGAAAUGAAAGGUUUGAGCUGGCCGAACUGGAUGAAUAAGUCUGAUCAUCAAGGUACAUUCCCAAACAACGUUGACGCUGCAGCAGAGUUUGUGUCACUCAUGGUUCAGAGUGCCAAGGACUACGUUGGAGGACGAAUUCCCCACAUAUUUGAAGUCAUCAAUGAACCUGAUUGGUUCCCAAAUAUAAUUGACCCACAAACAAAUAUAAACUACCACAAGGCAGUUGCUGAUAAGCUGAAGUCAAGAUUUGGAAUGAAAGUUGCCGGACCAACGUAUACCAGUAUGUUCUUAGGAGAAGCAGACGAAAAUAACUUCAGCAACUGGAAGAUAAUUGCCAAAUUUCUGGACAUGUCUCUUGAUCACUUGGACUUUUUCUCUUUCCACUCCUACAACCGUCUGCAUAUAACAGGUCAAAGUCACACCUACUCGGGUAUCAACGAAGCUCAUCUGGUUGCUUCUCUUGACAUGGUGGAAAAUUACUCUUAUCAAAAGAAAGGAAAAAAUGUUCAGUUAGUUAACACUGAAUUUGGAUUAGGUUUACUUAAUCUUGGCGUUAGCCCCGACUUUGAAAAUGGAAUGACAGACUUUGAAACCAUUUAUCAACAAAACGGCUUCAUGUUUACCUUUCUUACUCUGAGAGAGUUUAUUGACAGAGUUACAGCUUAUCUCCUCUCAAAUGAGCAAUACCCGGGUCAUACUUCCCUUCGGAAUUCCAUAUUUACCAAGGAUGGUCAUUCUCUUCCAGCGGCCAAAUUCUACAUGUUUUGGAAAAACUUUAUUUAUGAUCAUAAGUUUCUCAGAGUGUCAAGUCAAUACGAUGGACAGGAGAGAAUAGUUGCACCACUUACCCUUGCAAACCCUCACACCAAAGAGAUGGUGGUCCUUCUUCACAACUAUGGCAGUAACAUUGAGAAUGUAAAACUCGACUUCCCAAACAAUUGGAUUAACCCUUCUGCAGGUGAAGAAACAUGUGUUGUGUUCGAAAACGGUAAUCCAGCUAUUCAUUCCGGUUACCAUUUCAACAGAUCUAAGCUUCAUGGUGCCGUCAGUCUCCCUGGAUCAUCAACCUGCUUCUACAAGUUUAAAACCAACUACAACUUUGACGGAAUACACACAGACAACCAGAUCACAUACUAUGGCAUGGACAUGGUCAUCCCCAUCAACAACGGACAUGCGCAGACAACCAUCAAUCUAACCAGCUCUGACUAUCAUUCAUCUCAUCUUAGAGUGGGAGUUAGCUGUGACAAGCACGCCAAUGUAAAACCUCGUGGGGUUUUGUUCAAUGGCCACGCAUUGUCUACAAGCUACAUGCUGUUUGAUGCUGAGAAGACUAAGGGGAAAACAACAUGGAACGUGUGGCAGUUCUUAGUCCCUCACUCACAGGUUAAAACAACAAACGACGUCAGCAUGACCUUUGAUGGAAACGGUGGCCACGUGACAUCCGUCGCACUCGUUGUUGGAAAACUUCAGUAGAUAAAACUCCCUCAAAGAA